AUGCAAAAUGAGUGUUUACAAGAGCAGUUGAGGUACUAUCACCUCCGGCAGUGGAAUCAAGAGGAGGAGAAGGCUGCGGCUACGACCGGAACCAAGCCUUUCUCGGCGGAAGUACGAGAGGUGAUUGUACCGGACGGCAUGACGAACCUCGUGUUGGAGGCAUACGACGGACAAGUCAGUCCAAAGGAUCAUCUGUCUCGUUUUGAUGCGAAGAUGGCGAAGUACGCGGUUUCCGACGCUGUGAAAUGCAUGAUGCUUCCAUCAACGUUUCGAGGCGCGGCAAAGGAAUGGUUCACAAAUCUGCCUCCAGGAUCCAUAGCUAAGUUUCGUGAUUUCUCAUCAAAAUUCCUUGACCAUUUCUCUGCAAGGACGGUCGAGGAUCUGUUUGAUAUUCGGCACGAGGAACGUGAAACCUUGAAACAAUAUGUGAAACGAUACAGUGCCAUAUCCGCGAGGUUCGAGGAAUUGCAACCACGCGUGUGCGUGUGCGCUUUCAAAGGCGGUUUGGCCCGGGGAGAAUUUUAUUGCGAGCUGAGUAGGGAGCUGGCAUGCUCAAUGGUGGAAGUCUGCGCCCGAGCGCGGGACUACAUCUUAAAAGAAGAAAUUGAAGUGCACGAGAGGAAGGGCGAGCGAGCGGCAAAAGUGUCGCUGACAAGGAAGAGGAUACAAGACAAGGAAGCAAGUCGCGAGCAGAGGUUUGGGGAAGCUGGCCGGUUCAUAAAAAAGAAUAAAGGACAGCUACUCCGCCCGAAAACGAGGGAUAGAAAGCACUGGUGCCCUCGCCGAGAAGCGAAAGUAAGCCAGCGAAUGAGGUCGCAGGGAUUCUCAAACAAGGAGUUAGCAAAGGUACUUCUCGAGGCGGAAAUUGAGAACAUGAACAAAGUCGACGAGCGCAGAAAGGACCCCGAAAGCGAGGCGAGGAAUCCGCCGAGGUGGUGUGAGUACCACAACCUAGAGGGCCAUAACACCAUCGACUGUUUCAUACUGAAGGGUCGAAUCAGGCAGCUGAUCAGGGCGAAACGGCCGCAAGAGGCGAAGGGGAGGGAAUUUGAAGAAGCUGAUGGCGGCGAGGGCGGAGGAACGGUUGAAGCAACGAACACAAUCGCUGGAGGUUUCGAAGUUUGCAACGACGUAUCGGCGGCGGGCCAGGAGAAAGUGGGGGCGACAACAUCAGUACAGGUGUAUCCAUAA